AUGGAGACUACCGAUUUAGCUCCCGCAAGUGACAGCUUUACCACAGCAUAUUUUGAGGGCCAGGAUACCCUUGUUACUGUGUCCAUGCGAGGGACUAUUCGCGAGACCAUCAAUCUUCUAAACCUUCAGAUACACGGGCUUCAUUGCUAUCGAAGCGCAGAGGUUCCACUCUACCUUGCUCUGCAGCUCUUUGAUACACAGCAGGCUACAAUAUGCAUGCCAGAGUGGUUGAAACUGGAUAGAACGCGCACUUAUAUCAAUAAUGAGAUGGAGAACCCUGGUCUCCAGGAGUUACAGCCACACUUCUUUGAGGUUUCGAGAAGACUGCUUAUAGUAUUUCGAGAGCACCCCGACGAGCAUGCAUCUGCUGACCUUUCGGGAAGCGCCACACUGCUGGCAAUUGAGUUCAAUCUCAACAAUCUCUUUGAUAUCCGUCGGCAGAAACUGAAGGACAUCAUCGACACAGCCAUAGGAAACCGUCUGGCUCCAAAUCUUACUAAUGCCACCAAGUUCGAGCUGAUUGGCUUAAACACUUACAAACAAUUCUCAGACAGUUUCUCGGAAAUUCACCACUUGUCCCUCUAUGACUCUGCAAACAGUGCCUAG